AUGCUAGCUAAGCACGGUCAAGACAUAGACGGGACGGACGGCCAGAAACGACCAUCCCACUACACGGAGGAUCCAUCCCAUGACAAGCGCGAGAAACGCAAAUGUCCCGGGAUAGAGGUUUCCCGCACAUUUCCAAGCAGCUAUGUGGAAGUUCAGAAACAUGGAAAUGACGGAAGGAUUAAAAUGAGAGAUUUUAAUUCUCAAGUACGACGGGACGAAACCCUCCAGUCAAGGAAACGUCUAGACACUCAGCAGCUUGUUGAUCUGAUCAACAAUGAGCCAAUGGGAAGGAGCCACUUGAUCCAGGAAGAUAGGAUCAAGGAGGAGAUGCUCAUCCUCAACGAACCAAUCACGUUCAGCUACCCAGCAGCUUGGGGAAUGGACCAAUGGGAAGGCCCAUAUGUUGAGUAUGACUCCGAUGUGGAAAGAUCACGGACGGCUGAGCCGCCAGAUCUUUCGAGGUUCGUGUGGGUACUCUUCCGAGGCAAGGGAAGCUCUGCCGCAGAACCGAGGGAAGGUGUAGUCAAGCGCAUUCUCGCACGUCAGAGCCCAACCGGAUUGGCAGCGUGGAGGCUGUGCAUGAAGGGAGGAAGACUCGGAGGAUAA